CCCCGGCGGCCGGUCGGCGCAUGCGCGGUGGGGCGACCCGGAGCCGGGAGGGCGGCAGCGCGCGGUGAGGCGGGGGGCAGCGCGCGCCGCCCGGGGCUCCCUCACAGGGGCCGCAGGGUCCCGUCCCCCCCCCCCGGUGUCCCCCUUCCCUCUCCCCCGGUGCGCCCCGCCGCAUUGCGGGCACCGGCCCCCGCCCCUGCCCCGCUGUCACCGCCGGGCCGCCCGGCCGGCCCCUCAGGGGCUCUGUCCGUGGUGCCUACGGCGGCCCACGGGGCCCCCCGCACGCCGCGCCCCCCCGCGAUCACCUCACACCAUCCGGUGCCAUGAGCUUCUUCGGGUUCGGGCAGAGCGCGGAGCUGGAGCUGGUGCUGAGCGACGCCGAGAGCCGGCGGCGGGUGGAGCACAAAACAGAGGAAGGCAAAAAGGAGAAAUACUUCCUUUUCUACGACGGGGAGACCGUCUCCGGGAGGGUUGUCCUCACCCUCAAGCACCCCAACAAGCGGCUGGAGCACCAAGGGAUCAAAGUGGAGUUCAUCGGGCAGAUCGAACUCUACUAUGACCGAGGAAACCACCAUGAGUUUGUGUCUCUGGUGAAAGACCUGGCCCGUCCCGGUGAAUUCACUCAAUCGCAGACAUUUGACUUUGAAUUCACACACGUGGAAAAACCUUACGAGUCCUACACGGGGCAGAAUGUGAAGUUACGGUAUUUCCUCCGAGCGACUGUCAGCCGCAGACUGAACGAUGUGGUGAAGGAGAUGGACAUAGUUGUGCACACCCUGAGCACCUACCCAGAGCUCAACUCCUCCAUUAAGAUGGAGGUGGGGAUUGAGGAUUGCCUGCACAUUGAGUUUGAGUAUAACAAGUCCAAGUACCAUUUAAAAGAUGUGAUUGUCGGAAAGAUCUACUUCCUGCUGGUGCGAAUCAAGAUCAAACACAUGGAGAUAGAUAUCAUCAAGAGAGAAACAACAGGGACCGGACCCAAUGUAUAUCAUGAGAAUGACACAAUAGCUAAAUACGAGAUCAUGGAUGGGGCACCUGUGAGAGGGGAGUCCAUUCCCAUCAGGCUCUUCCUGGCUGGCUACGAGCUGACUCCAACAAUGAGGGAUAUCAACAAGAAGUUCUCGGUGCGUUAUUACCUCAAUCUGGUGCUGAUCGAUGAGGAGGAGAGACGCUACUUUAAACAACAGGAGGUGGUGCUUUGGCGGAAAGGAGACAUAGUGAGGAAGAGCAUGUCCCACCAAGCAGCCAUCGCCUCCCAGCGGUUUGAGGGGACAUCCUCGCACACGGAGGCCAAGACCCCCAGCCAGCCCGCAGAGAACAACGGCCGGCAGUGAGGGGCCGCGCAGAGGAAGGCUGCUGUGGAGCCGGUGGGGACAGCAGCGAGGAGGAAGAAAAAAACACUUCAGAGACUUCAUGAAAAUAAAUAUCCGUUUUUGACUUAAUUCCUUUCUUCAAAGGACACGUAGGAUGGGAAGGGGACGGGAGGGCAAGGCAAGCUGGAGCGCUGGUGGUGCGAAAUCGAAGGUACCUCAGUGCUUCCCAGUCAACUACAUUCCUCUGGGGUCGGCUGCUUUGAGGCGCGCGUCCAGAGGCUGCGGAGCUGCUCGAUCCCCUCUUUGCCCCAAGACCCUUUCAGCAUGGCAGCGGGGAGGGAGAGAGCAAGUGAAGGACAGAUCUGCUGCUUCUUCCCAGCGGUGUGGAGGUUGCUUUGGGGCUGUGUAGGAUGGAUAUUUUUCUUGCCUUUCUGAAAUCUUCACGAGGGAAAGUGAUACAGUGAUUAGCUGGGAGGUAGAGGAGGGAGUCAGAGACUGAGGUGCGGCCUACUUGAAAUUGCUUGGCAUUAUCCCCGCGCUGCCUCCCCUUCCUCUCCAUGCUGGCGUUGGAUUCCUUGUCACAGUUAUAAAAGGUAGCUGAGUCAGCCCUGGGACAGCCCUGGGACACGGCAGGCGUGCCGCUGUGUCCUCACUGCGGGGCUCCUGACUGCCGUGUCGUGUCAAGGGGGACCUGUGGCUGGUAGGGAGUGAGGCGAACGCAGCAGGAGGUGGCACAGGUUGGGCAGAGCGGUGAAGGUCCCAGUGCUGCUGGGUGGGCAAGAAUCGGGGGCAGGGAGGCUCCUGGCUGACAGGAGUGCCUUCCUGGUCUUGUCACGGCAGCUGCCCGAGCGCCUCUGAAAUUGUCUUUCUGGUUGCUACACUCAUACAGUCCCAGUUGCUGCUGCAGAGCAGGGGCAGAUCAGCAUUGAGAGGCCUAGAGAAUAGUUUUGGAAUGUGAGAAAUAAAUGGGGGCUCUCUUGGGAGCAGGCUUGCGCUGCACAUGCUGCCCCGCUCGUGCCUGCGUCCUUGUGACAGAGCGGGCUUUGCAGGAGGGACAGACGGCAGUUUAGAAACACGUGUGUUUUGUUUGGUUUGCUCCCUUGUGCCUGCGGGGUGAGGAUUAGCGAGGACGGAAAGUGGAUGCAGUUGUUUUAAGAAGCUUAUGGCCUGUGCGUGCUGCUAGAUGAAGCCAAGCAGCAACUGGAAGGAUGGUAGAGCGCUCUGAUUCCAGAGAUGCGUUUCUGAGGCCUGAGCUGAAAUCACCAGUGAGGUCUGAGGGUAUGCCAUGAACUGAGAACCUGAACGGGGUUUUUUUCUUUUCUACAAUGAGCUUCUUUUAGUCUUCAGCUAAGUAGAAUCACGAGAACAUUCCCAGAAGGGAAUCACUCCUCCAUUAAAACUUAGAUGUGGCUUUGUAGAUGUGAUUAACCGAGUCUGGAGAAUAUCCAUCCUGUUUAGAUGCCCUUCAAGGAAGCAGGUGGUUAGACCUCCCACCAGGUGGAGAGACAAGCCUGUGCUAAGUGCUGGGAUAUGAGCACUAGCAAGUGGGAUAUGUUUGGAUCUCCCUGUGAGUUUUGUGGCUCGCUAGGGUCUUGUCCAGCUUCCUUUUGACUCUGGAAUGAACCUCCUCUGCCUCUGUCCUACAGCUGAAUGUAGAACAGUUGUCUCGCAGCUGGGAAAUGGAAUUCUCUUCUGCUCUGUUUAGUGGAACAGCACUGGUGGGGGAACGGGGCCUGGGUGGGAAGGGGAGCUUUUUAUGUACUAAGACAGCUACUGUAUUUCAGUGAUAAAUGUGUGUUUCUGCUUGCCAAAGUAAGUUAUCUUUUACUCACCACGUGUAAGGUUGUGGUUUUUAGUAGAGCUGGACAGUCUCGCUCUGUUGUUGAGGACACUAAUGAUCCCAUCUCUGCUGAAUGCUCGUGUCACACCAUGUUUCUGCUCUGUAACAGUGAAGACGUGGCUUGCUUUUCUUCACGUGAGAAGUCUGUGCCGUGGGCUGGAGCCGUGUCUUCCUAAGACUGAAGCAAAAGCUUACUUUAGACAACUCCCUUGCUGUGCCAGGGCAAGGGGUGGUGACCUGCCGCGGGUCUCACGUGGCAAAGGGAUCUGGAUGUUACUUUUGACACUCACUGCUCCCUGCGCUGUGCAGGGGGAACUCCCGUGCUGUGGCAAUACACGAUCAUUUAGAGACAAGCGAAGCUCCCCUGGGGGAGCAGACUCUCUCUCUCUCUCCACGGCUAAGCUGAGCACAGCAGUGCCCAAACCCCCCCUCUUAGAUUUCCCUCAACUCCCAUCUCGCCUAGAAUUUUUUUCCUCUCCUAUUCCUUUUGAUUGUAGGCUGUGUGCUAAAGAAACCCCAUGGCUGAGGAUGUCUCUGCAUUCCAGGAGUGUUUUGUUUACCGGCCAAACAGCAUCAGUUAUUGGAUGUAAGAUAUAAUUGUCUGACAAUGCACGUAAGGAGAUUUCUAUUAAACAUCUGUUCAUCGCUUCUGGAGGGAUUACUUGGAAAAGGUGCAUGAGUCUAUACAUUGGGUUGGGGUUUUUUUUCCUACCUUGUGUCCCUACUUGUGGAAGCAGAAUUUAGAAACGAUUCCCAUUUUUACUUAGUCUCAAUGGACCGUUCAACGCGUUACCCUCUAGGCCCUCUCUUUGUCUGGGGCGGAGCAGAUGUGCUGAGCACCUUUAGAGACAAGUUGAAGCAUAAGGUCACUCCAGGACAAGGUACUCCAGAAAAGCGUUUCAUUAGCAUGGUGCGGGGCAGGCACUACUUGAGCAGUCGUGUCCCCCUGUGCUGGCUGGUUCUGGUCGGUACUUGGGUCGUUCCCCCUCUCCCAGGCGGAGUCGGGCAGGGGGAGCGCACAAGUACUAAACCAAGCGGUACAACCUGUAAUUAAGCCUCUGCUGUGUUUAUGUGUUUCUUAAUUCGUUGUCUUUUCAAUGGCUGUAUUUUAAAACUUGGGUUUUUUUGUCUCUCCAAUUAAAAAGAGCCAGCCCUGGCUGUUAAAUGCUGUG